GGUCCAAGGAGAGGAGCUGCUUACUGCUCAGGGAAACAUCGGACACCCUUUACUAUAGGGGUGUGUGGCCGAGUGGGGUGGGCCACCUUUUCUUUUUUUGGUAAUCCAAAAGAAAAGCACCAAAGUCAAGUAGAGACGAUGGAGGAAUCUAUCCACUAGCAGAAGCUCCCUCUCCCUCCCAUCAUUGCUACACUUCUCAGGUAUCGAGCCUCCUUGGAGCCAUGGCGAUUCCUAAUAUUCGAAUCCCGAGACGGCAGUUGUUCAUCGGCGGCGAAUGGACAGAUCCGGUCAAGGGGAACCGUCUCCCGAUCAUCAAUCCAGCUACGGAAGAGACCAUCGGGGAUAUUCCCGGAGCUACAGCAGAAGAUGUGGAUAUAGCGGUAGAAGCUGGUCGGAGAGCUAUGGCUGGGGAGUGGGGCUCCACCACCGGUGCUCAGAGGGCCAAAUAUUUGCGUGCCAUUGCUGCCAAGGUAAAGGAGAGGAAGCCAGAAUUAGGAACGCUUGAAACCAUUGAUUCUGGAAAACCUUGGCUAGAAGCAGAUGCAGAUAUAGAUGAUGUUGCCGCAUGUUUUGAGUACUAUGCUGACCUUGCAGAAGCAUUGGAUUCAAAACAGAAGACUCCUGUCCCUCUUCACUUAGAUUUGUUUAAAACUUAUGUUCUCAGAGAGCCCAUUGGCGUUGUUGGGCUGAUUACUCCGUGGAAUUACCCUAUGUUGAUGGCUACCUGGAAAGUUGCCCCUGCGCUGGCGGCUGGAUGUGCUGCAAUACUCAAGCCAUCUGAACUUGCAUCAAUUACAUCUCUGGAGUUGGGUGAAAUCUGCAAAGAGGUUGGCCUUCCUCCUGGUGCUCUGAACAUUAUUACAGGGUUGGGACCGGGAGCGGGUGCUCCACUUGCAUCCCAUCCUCAUGUUGACAAGAUUGCAUUUACAGGUAGUAAUGCUACAGGGGUCAGAAUCAUGACUGCGGCUGCUCAGCUUGUCAAGCCAGUAACGCUUGAGCUUGGUGGCAAAAGCCCUAUAGUUAUAUUUGAAGAUUUUAGUGACCUUGAUAUAGCUGCUGAGUGGACUCUCUUUGGUUGCUUUUGGACAAAUGGCCAAAUUUGUAGUGCAACAUCUCGUCUCAUAUUGCAGGAAAGCAUUGCUGCAGAAUUUAUGGACAGGCUUGUGAAAUGGACCAAAAAUAUUAAAAUAUCAGAUCCAUUGGAGGAUGAAUGCAAACUUGGUCCGCUUAUUAGUCGCGGGCAGUAUGAGAAGGUGAUGAAGAUAAUCUCUACUGCCCAAAGUGAAGGCGCAACCAUUUUGUAUGGGGGCCAGCGUCCUGAGCAUCUGAAAAAGGGAUAUUAUAUUGAGCCAACCAUUAUAACUGACAUAAAUACCUCAAUGCAAAUAUGGAGAGAGGAAGUGUUUGGACCUGUUCUUUGUGUCAAAACAUUUAAAACCGAAGAGGAAGCCAUUAAGCUAGCAAAUGAUACCCAAUACGGAUUGGGUGCUGCUGUGUUAUCUAAAGAUCUCGCAAGAUGUGAACGACUGACAAAGGCAUUUCAAUCGGGCAUCGUUUGGAUAAACUGUUCACAACCAUGCUUUUGGCAACCUCCUUGGGGAGGAAAGAAACGUAGCGGUUUUGGUCGUGAACUCGGGGAAUGGGGGCUAGAAAACUACUUGAAUAUAAAGCAAGUUACGCAGUAUGUCUCGGAUGAUCCUUGGGGUUUUUACAAGUCUCCUUCAAAGAUGUAAAAAAAGGCAGAAAUUGUUGGUCUUUUUGUAUACGUACUGGUACCUGCUAGUCCACACUGUUUUUUCAUAACUUGUCUGCUUUCUUAAAUAAGUGUAACAAGUCCGUUUCUGAACCGGAUGAAUACAAAUGUGAAGUUUCUUAAAUUCACUAAAUGGGAGCAGUGUUGUACUAUGUUGCAUGGAUUCCUCGACAAGUGCAGCUUUCUAUUCCUAAAACGCCCCUAGGCGGGCAUCCUAACGUCCAAAUCCUUUGUAAAUUUGGAGAAGUUGGUGCUUCUCCGUCAUGUUCCCAUAUAAGUGAUCGUCUCUAUGCAACUUAUGUGCUGUAAAUGAACAUGACGUAACAUUCAGCGAACUACUCAUGUUUGGGCUUGUUCAGUGUUCUCAUUCAGGUUGUUGUUUGGUUAAACAAACGAACAGAAAAAACUUGUCUAAAGGUA